AAAGAUUAUUCAUACCUGAAGGAGAUAUGCAAUCACCAAGCAGAACAGCUAAACAGAACCAGCCUAAAGCUACAAGAAGAAACAUCGGAGAGUGAUGCAGAGAUCAAAGACAUGAAAGAAACCAUGUUUGCAUUGGAAGAUGAGGUGGAACAGCACCAGGCUGGCAAGUUACAUAGUAAUCAACUUAUCAGUGACCUAAAAAAUAAGUGGGGUAAUGUGAUCAAGCCGGAGGAACAGAAGUCAGAUUUGGGGAGGCAACUAAAGACUCUGACCGAGCAGAUACAGGGGAGAUCCAAGGAAUGGAGGUGAUUCCAACCGGAUCUGCAGACUGCAGUGGCAGUGGCCAACAAUAUCAAGUGAGAAGCCCACCAGGAGCUGGGCACUGUGAAGAGGAAACUGCUGGAGGAGGAGGGUGAUGAUGCCUGGCUGCAGAAGGAGCUGGGGAAUGUGCAGGGCCCCGGCAGGGUGGUUCCCAGCACAGCUGCCCCUCCAUGAAUCUGACCUGUGGAUGAAGAGCCAGAGUCCCCCAAGGUCAAUGCUGCUGGCCAGUGGCCUGGUGUCUGCAUUAACAGAACAACUGCAACGCCCUCAGAGCCCAUGGCCAGUAAGUCACUCAUCAAGUCAUUUGACUUGGGAUGCCCAGGUGAAACUGGACAGAAUACUUCUGUCCAUAAGGCCCUUAGAAGCCCCCUAAGUGAAAUACCAGUGAGGACCACCCCCCAGCAGCUGCUGUCUCUUCAGUCAGUGCUCCUGGUCACCCAGGUUACAGCAAACCUCUUUCGACUGUUUCCUCUCAUGUCUUCCUGCUUCUUCAUUGUGGAAAGAAGAAACCUUCUGGUGGCCUUGGCGUGGGAAUAUGGCGGUUCCAAGCACAAUGCUGUACUGAAAUGGUACCAGAAGACAGAAGGUUACGCGAACCACAACUGGGAGACCGCCUGCCGCCAUGACUUGAAAACCCGUACUGACUCUGUAGCCAGCGGAGUUAGACCCAUAUUCCUGGCCUGUGUGGAAAGACUGGCUUUUUCUAACAGGAGCCAGGAAUAUGGAUCUAACUCCGCUGGCUACAGAAUUGGAAAGGGUUUUCAAGCCAUGGUGGCAGGUGGUCUCUCAGCCAGAACUGUGGUUCUGGAGGACACGAGGAAACCCACAACUCCUGAACCAUGA